AUGAAUCCAUUUAGAUCUACUACUAUUCGCGCGUUUCAUGCGUCCGCCCAGAUGCUGUUCAAGGAUCCUUACAAGGUUCUAGGAGUAAGCAACAGCGCUUCUGCUGGCGAAAUCAAAAAGGCAUACUACCAGCUGGCCAAGAAGUACCACCCAGAUGUCAACAAGGAAUCUGGUGCUGACGAAAAGUUCCAGGACAUUCAGUCUGCAUAUGAAAUUCUCUCUGAUGCAGACCAAAAAGCCAAGUACGACCAGUUUGGCGCGGCUGCAUUCGACCAAUCAGCAGGAGGCGGCGGUCACGGCCCAGGAGGCGCUGGGUUUGGUGGUGAUGGACCAUUUAAUCCGUUUGGCGGGUUUGGUUUUGGUGCUGGCGGUGGCGGUGGUAGUGCCGGACCGUUUAGUUUCCACGAUAUUUUUAAUGACGCUUUUGGGCGUGGCCGUGGAGGCGGGUCAGGUGGCGGUCGCGGAGCUGCACGCGAGCGCAUGGCUUACAAGGGAGACGAUAUUGAAAUGGCCACGACAAUUACGCUUGAGGAUGUGGCCCAAGGUACUUCUAAGUCUAUUUCAUACUCAACAGUGGACGACUGUGGUACCUGCCACGGUACCGGCAUGAAGACCGGUGAGAAACGUAAGACGUGUCCGUCGUGCCAUGGCACAGGUACCGCAAUGCAUGUGAUCCAGGGCGGGUUCCAAAUGGCGUCGACGUGCGGCACCUGUGGUGGUACAGGUGUUGUGAUUCCCAAGAGCGCUGAGUGUGGCACUUGCCAUGCCCAUGGCGUUGUUAACAACACACGUACCGUUACAAUUGAUAUUCCUGCGGGUAUUCAAGACGGUGCUCGUCUGCGCGUGGCUGGUGGUGGUGAUGCACCUGAGGUGCUUGCUGAUGCCAAUGUUCAGCGUAUUCGCGGUGACCUUUAUGUCCGGGUUAAGGUUGCUCCACAUAAGGUGUUCCAGCGUUCUAAGUCUGAUCUUCUUUACACAACGACGGUGCCAUUUACCACUGCUGCGCUUGGUGGUACGAUCGAGGUCCCUAUGUUGGACAAGAAGAAGAUUCGUCUGAAAGUUCCUCAGGGUGCCCAGAGCGGCAUGGUGAUUACUGUGAAUGGUGCUGGUUUGCCUAUUGCUGGCCGUGGUAAUAGUGCAAAGGGUGACUACAAGGUUUCGGUUAAUGUCAACAUUCUUAAGCCCACAACCGCAACACAAACUGCACUGCUGGAAGCUCUGGCCGAUGCAUUUGGAGAUAGCACGGCACGCCGUGUGAGCCCGACAUGGAAACCAGAGCCCAAAGCUGAUGGUGGUGCUGGCGCCGAGGCUACUGAGGCCACGGACUCAUCGUCAGACUCAUCUAACAAAUGCGAGCACCCAGGGUUCCUUAAGAAGUUGUUUAACUUGGUGACGCAGGCGCACGAAAAGGACCAGAAGGCCAAGAAGGAGAACCAGUAA